AGAUUUCUGAAAUCCUAGGUGUGGGCAUUGGACAAUUUUUUUGAAUAAAAUGGAUGCUAGGGGUAGUGGAACCAUCAAUGUUCAUGAUCAUGGAACAGUUUUUUAUAGUAAAAAUAAAUUCCAAUGCAACUAUUGUGGUAAGGUGGUGAGCGGUUCCACCCGUUUGAAGUACCAUAUCGGAGGAAUCCGUGGCGAUGUGUUACCAUGUAAUAGUGCUCCGGCUGAUGUGAGGGAGCUGAUGAAAAACAAUGUGAUCGAAAGAAAAAGAGAAACUUUUGGAAAGGAAUUCGGGGAGCUGAAUACCUCAGAUCUUUCAGGGAAGAGGAAUUGUAAGCGUGGAGCUUCUCAAAAUGCCGGUUUUCAGAAUCAAAGCCAAGAGGUGUUGGAGUUGGAGUGUGAAGAUAGUGCAGCAGUACAUGUCUCCGUUACUAAACGAGGCAGAGGCGCACAACAAGGCGACAAUGGGGAAACAAAAAGGGAUAUCAUUUCAAGGCAAGUGCAAAAAUGCAUUGGUCGAUUCUUCUAUGAAACGGGGUUAGAAUUUGUUGGCGUGAAUUCUUCUUCCUUUGAAAGAAUGAUACGUUCUGCUCUUGGGACUGGUCAGCUGGGGUACAAAAUACCGACCUGUGAUGAGCUCAGAGGUUGGAUACUUGACGAAGAAGUGAAAGAGAUGCAAGAGUAUGUGACAAAGAUUAGAGAUUCAUGGGCAACCACUGGAUGUAGCAUUUUGUUGGACGGAUGGACUGAUGAGAAGGGUCGAAGCCUUGUUAACUUUUUGGUCAAUUGCCCUCAAGGCCCGAUUUAUCUUUGCACCCAUGAUAUUUCCUCUAUCGUUGGUGACAUCGAUGCCAUAUAUAUGGUACUUGAGGGAGUUAUUGAGGAUGUCGGGAUUGAAAACGUGAUUCAGGUUGUGGCGGAUACUACAACUGGCUGGGCGGGUACAAUGCAGAAGGAGUUUAGCAGUAGGUGCAAAGAUGUGUUUUGGACCGUCAGUGCAUCUCAUUGCAUUGCACUGAUAUUGGAGAACAUUGGGAUGAUUGGCUCUACUAGAGAUAUAUUUGAUAAGGCCAAGGUUAUGACAAAGUUCAUUCAUGGACACGAAGCGGUUUUGAAGCUUUUGAAGAAACAUACGCUUGGCCACGACCUCAUUAAGCCCUCGAAGAUAAGGUCAGCAGUGCCUUUUAUGACUUUGGAGAACAUUGUAUCAAAAAAGCAAAACUUGAAAGACAUGUUUUCCUCACCUGAGUGGAACAUGUCAGCCUGGGCUUCACGAGUGGAGGGAAAAAGGGUAGCGGAUUUAGUUGAGGGUCGCUCUUUCUGGACUGGAGCUGAGAUGGUCCUGAACGCAGCUAUGCCUCUCAUUGGCAUUCUAAACUGGAUCUUUGAGGCUGACGAGCCGCUUAUUGGGUACAUAUAUGAAACAAUGGAUCAAGUAAAGGAGACAAUUAAGGAAGAGUUCAACAAAAAGAAACCAGAUUACAUGCCAAUCUGGGAAGUUGUUGAUGAGAUAUGGAACAAUGUUCUCCACAGUCCUCUCCACGCGGCUGGCUAUUAUCUUAACCCGAGUCUCUUCUAUUCAAGUGACUUUUAUCCUGACUUCGAGGUUUCUUCUGGCCUUCUGAGCUGCCUUGGACAACUGGUCCAGAGUCAGCCAAUCAAAGACUUAAUUAUCCGUCAAUUGGAGGAGUAUGCACACGGCAAAGGUAGUUAUCAGGAGGGGAGUUCCAGAACUCGAAGAAGAAACGUUCCACCAGCUAUGUGGUGGUCUAGUUAUGGAGAAAAUCAUCCUGAACUGCAGAGGUUUGCGGUUCGAAUUUUGAGUCAGAACUGCGAUGGCGCUUUAAGAUAUGUGCUCAAACGGACUAUGGCGGAGAAACUGCUAACAAAUGGAAGGAAUCCUGUUGAGCAACAGCGGCUUAAAUAUCUUACAUUUGUUCAUUAUAAUUUGCAGUUACAGCAGUUUCAUGCAGGUAUGAAGAGCGGAGUUGAGGCUGAGGAGAUUGAUCCAAUGGAUGAUUGGAUCAUUGAUGAAGCACCAGACGUUGUGCCCCAAAAUCUUGAAUCGUCGUGGAUGAACUUGGACUGUGCUAGAGCUCUCAGCGAGGAAGGUUGUUCCAGGUUUGCUGCAAAGACGGAAACCAUUUGAGUUGCUGAAAGAAGAGUAAGAUUCAGAGAGGAUCCGUUCUGUUUGUCAGAAAAAUCAGAACAUCUUUUAAGCGACGUUUUGUCUUCUGAAGUUUAAACGUUAGAAGUUUGUUUUGAGUUAUAACUAGAACAAGAUGGUGUUGGUGAAUAUUUGCUUCAUGGUUGUUUAAAUUAGGAAAUGAACUCUUUGAACUUGGA